AUGGAUUCAUUUGGCGGCAAAAAGAGAACUAUUUCCUUUGGUAAAACUGAAAUCGGUAAUGAAUCAUCGUCGACAAGUGGAAGUGCAACCUCUGAGUCUCGGAGUGAUGUUACUGUCGGAAGACAGCAGAGAGUAUUCAUAAAUAGUGCUUUCUCACUGGAAUCACAAAAAUGGGAGGAAAAACCAGUGGGAACCCAUUCAUACUCAACCCCUUCCUUGCCCUCUGAAUUACCUCCGAACUAUAGGUCCAGUCGUUUUUCUUCUGGUAAUAUAAAAUAUCCAGAAGGUUUGAUCAAUGAUCCUGGCACCUCCCUUCAACUUAUCGGUAAUGGUCGUCCACCUCAUCGAACUUCAUCAGUAAAUAAUCCCCCAGAGACCUUGUCCAAUGCUGCCUCUCUCGGAAGAUAUGGCUAUGAUGUUAAGUAUGCAGGUCCACUUUUGCGGUUGAACAUUAGUGGAACGAUAUUUCUUGUCAAAGUUAACACCCUUCAAAGAGAUCCUCUUGUGUUUGAAAAGAUCCUGGAAGAUGCUGAAUAUAUCCCUGAAACAAACGAGUAUUAUUUUGAGAGGGAUCCUUUUAUAUUUAGAUUUGUGCUGGCCUACCUAAGACAUAAGGAAUUGCAUUUACCAAUGAAUAUUUGUGGCCCAUUAAUGGAGAAAGAAUUGGAAUCCUGGGGUUUGCAACUUGGCUUUGAUCUUCAACGCUGCUGUCUCGGACCAGUGAUGGAGACCAAAUCGAAAAUGGAAUCACUACGUAAAUUUGAAGAGACCUUCUCUGAAUCUCCGGUGGAAUGUAAUUAUAGUUCAAAAUUCUGUAUUCAAUGGCAAAAACUUCGACAGUACGUUUGGCGAAUCAUUACAGAUACGCCUAAGAAACGUUGGUUAGGGAUGUUACUCAACAAGAGUGCUCAAAAUAACACAGAUGGUGAAAAUAUGGACGACUCGAUAUCCCAUCACGGCAGUGAAUUUGACUUAUCUCCUACUAAACCCCAACCCCUCGAAAGUAUAGACCUUGAAAACCUUGGCGGUUCAGAGGAGCGUGCAAAUAGUUUGGGUAGUGAGGCGCAUAACAAUUUAAUGAAUCCGUUCAACUGGCGAACUUUGCAGAAAACUCCAAGGGAAAUUACUCUUUGUCGAAUUUAUGUGGCUUUUCAGUUCCUGGUUGUCAUAUCUCUAAUGAUCUACAUGACAAUGGCGUAUAUUCCCGAACUGAGGGAACCUUUUGGACCUCGGCUAAAAAUAUCUGGCGUUAAUAAAACAAGUCUUCCUCACUUCCCGGUGCAUCGGUCUUAUUAUAAAUUUGGUGAUUAUAAUUGGCAGGUGACUCGGCCAAUUCUUGUCUUGAGGCUUCUAACUUGGAUUUGUGUUAUUCUUUUCACAAUUGAUUUAGUAGCUAGAGGGAUAUUUUGUCCAAGGUUUUUUGAAUGGCUGAGAUCUUUCUACACAUUCACGGAUAUUAUAUCACUUCUUCCGUUCUACGUGGAAGGUAUUAUCCUGAACGUUAUGGAAACGUUGCCCACAUCGCCUCUAACUAAAAAGAAGAUCGAAGAUUACAUGUUUGUAAUAGAUAUAUUCAACAUGUUCAAAGUGUUUGUGAUCUGUCGAAUCUUCCGGUUAUUACAACGGCAGAGAGCAACUCGUGUAUUGAUAUAUACUAUUCGAACAGCAGCUACCAACAUUGUUAUGGUGUUUGAAUUGAUGCUUCUCUGCGCCAUCUUCUUUGGAACGUCCAUAUUCUUCUUUGAUGAGAAUAUUAAUUCUAUAUUUGUUGGAAUAUGGUGGGCUUUCACAACAAUGACUACAGUCGGCUAUGGUGAUGUCAUACCGAAUUCAACACCUGGACGUUUGAUUGCAGUGCUCUGUAUGAUCAUUGGAAUACUUCUGACUUCUUACACUAUUCCUGUACUUGUCAAUGAUUUCCUCCUCUUUUACGGUCACGCUGAUCAAUUGGCGUGGAUGCGAGGGGUCCACAAGUCAGCCACCGUAAAGCGCCACAAAGAGAAGAAAGAGCUCAUGACAAAGAAGAGGAUUAAACAAGUACGAGCUCUUAUUAGAAAUACCGUGAUUGGUUUUGGAACUCCGCAUGAUGAAAUUGUUGAACGAAAGCAUGGUGUUGAGACCUAUCCCAAUCAGGCAACAGAAGCUACUCCCAAUCUCCAGUUCCCUUCAUCAAGCACCCGAUGA